AUGUUGAAGAAGAUCAACCGUCUAAAGGAGUCUCACUCUAUAAAUGUCUAUGAUGCUUUCAGAUGCCUCACGACUGAAGUCAUCAUGGAGUUUGCCUUUGCAAAAUCGGCCAACAUGUUAGAGGAGAAUGAAACUACGUUCGAGUCCUGGUUUCUCACGGCAUUUGACUCCGUUGCCGGAAGUCUCUGGAAAUUGCAGGAGUGGCCCCUUGUACGGAAAUCUUUGAGCUUCGUACCGAUCAAUCUGGUUAGUCUGGUCGAUCCACAAAUUGCACAUGUGGCUCGAAUGCUGAAGUUUGCUGAAAGUUGUCUCCAGCAUUACACUAUUCAUGGCAAUAAAACACCACAUCCGGUCGUUUUUGACCAUCUUACUUCCGUGUCGUACGACCUCAAAGUUACGGAGGCAUUGGAUGUGUUGAUCGCUGGCGCUGACACAACUGCGUCGACUCUCAUGGCUGGUAUACUUCAUAUACUUUCAGACCCCGGCAUUGAUGCCAAGCUACGGCAAGCCCUCAAUGAGACAGAUCCUGCCGGGGUCAAGCUUUUGGAAUUAGAAAAGAUUGGCUACCUAACGGCUUGUGUCAAGGAAUCUUUGAGAAUCGGGAUGGCAGUACCCGGGCGUCUACCACGAGUGGUCCCUCAUGAUCUUCCACAGCCUUUCGUUGUUGACAACAGAAUAAUUCCGCCAGGAACUGUCGUGUCAAUGUCAGCUUAUACGAUGCACACAAACGAAGACGUUUGGGGACCUGAUGCCAGAAGGUUCAAUCCUGAUCGCUGGUUACAACCAGAGUCCAAGGGUCUCGAUCAGUACCUCUGCACGUUCUCGAAGGGGGCUCGGAUGUGUAUUGGUCAGAAUGUGGCAUAUGCUGAGAUUACAAUCGUGAUGGCAUACCUAUUUCGAAACUUCAAACUCACCCUACCGCAGAACUUUGUUCCUCCACACCGGAGAGAUAUGUUCACUAUGGAGUAUUCCGAGCCGGGGUUGCCGAUCCAUUUCUCAGGACUGGGAAAAGAAUGA